CUUAAAAAGCGGCCAAGCGACAUUGAUGCCAAUCGCUGGUGCAUUUGUUGUUCGUUUUUAUUGUUGGCCGCUCUCUGUAUCACAGCAAGCAGAAUACCAACAACAAUAGCAACAACAAUGAAAGCAACAGCACUAGUUUAAAACGCCUUCAGUGGACUUCGGCUCGAAUGUAAGGCACAUGCUAAAAAGAGCUAUCAACGUCUGACUAUCGCAGCAGUACACACACAGAAAGCCACUCACAUUGCUCAAAUUAGACCGUGAAAGCAGCAACAACAAGAAAUAUUCGUAAUAAUAAAAAUAUAAACAUAAAUAAAAGGAAAACGCCAGCAAAGCGUGCAAAGGGAAAAGCAACGAAAAUUAUCAUAGUUAGCAUAGGAGAAGGAAGAGGGGCAAAGAGUAGGCAGGGGGUAGACAGUAGCUUGGCUAAAACGGUCGAGAAAAUUAUGAUUAUGAUGUUAAUAAAUUAAAGUUGCCAUUAAUUUAGUAACGCAAACGGCUGUGGAAGGUAGCCAGACGGUAGCAUAAUAACAAUAAAUAAUAAUUUGAAAUAGGCGAGCGAAAUAGACACACACAGAGAGCAACUUCGGCCUCAACUGGAGAACUGAAGCCAGUGCAUCGGCCCUCCAACCACAUACAUAUAUAUACAGAUCCAAGAAAGAGCAGCUCGAGCGCGUCGAGCGUGCAAAUUAAAAGCGCACAGUAGCUCGAAGGAGCCGCUAAAAGAAGAAACUAUAAAACAGCAACAUGGAAGUGGCAACAACAAACAAUCACAGUCAGAGCCAUCAUCAUCAUCAUCAUCAUCUUGGCAAUGGCAGCGCAGCUGUCGGCGUCAGCGCCGGUUCCCGUUCCCCAUUUCAGCGUGAGGUGCGUGAAUGGCAGCGCAUCGAUCCGGACACUGGAGCGCUGUUCAGCGGCCGCUUGGAGGCAGAUCGCUGGAUAAAUGGACCACUGAACAGUUAUGGCAAGAUAUCGGAUUCACAAAAUAUCUCACAGCCGAAUGGCACACAGCACAUACAGCGCAAACAAAUGGAGGUACUACGAAGCGCCAAUGGUGCCAUGCAGGUGAUACGCACACAGACAGUACAAAAGACAUCGUCCACAUCCCGUUGGGCCACCUCCGCCUCCACUGCCACUGCCACUGCCACCUGCUCCUCAUCCACAAGAACCACUCGCAGCAGAGGUUCGGCGCCCAAAGCGCUUUGGUCGCCUUCGUCCGCUCAAAGCGUUGACAUUUGCGAGCUAAGCAGUGAUGAUGAUCAAGAUGAUGAUGAUUUUGAUAGCAUACAGGGCGACGCUGGCGUCGUCCAUGAAUGCACAACUACAUCAAUGGCUAGCAAUGGCCAGGAGCUGGUCGAUGAUCAUGUUGAUUUUGUUGUGAUUAAUGGCGACGAUGAUGAUAAUGACGACGACGUCUACCGUCUGCACAAGCUCGGCCACAAUUUGUUACCCGAUACAGCGCCCAGCUUGAAAUUGAGCAAUCUAAUGAAAAGCAGUUCGAGUAUUUCCAGCCAAAGCAGCAACAACUCAAAUUUAACAACUGCAACAGCGGCAACAGCGGCAACUGGCAACACCCACAGAAAUGCUGGCAAAAUAAGCCUACAUGCAAUUGUAGGCCAGAAAACAACACCAACAACAUCAUCAACGUGGCCCAAGCAGGCUGACUUAUAUGGCCCGGCCACCAACAGCAACAACAACAACAACAACAACAACAACAAGAGUCGCGUGGGCGUUUCAACUGAAGCUCAAGCUGUUGCUGCUGCUGGCGAUGCUGACGUCGUCGCCACGCCAACGCUGCGUCGUGAUUUGGAAAGUUUCCGGCAUUAUAACGAUGACGAUGCCAUCGCCGCCGCCGACGACGCUGAUGAUUUGCGGCUCAGCGCACGGCAUCAGCGACGCCAGCAGGUGUCCCAAUCCGUAUAUGCACCACCGUUGUCCGUCAGCAGCAGCAGCUUGCUGCAGCGUUCGCGUUCCAUUUCAACGGAUGAUCUCAGCAACGAUUGGCAACAGCAUAAACAGCAGCUUGGCGAGCAGGACGACGAGGAUCAGCCGUGCGGCGAUUGGCGGCGGGUUAGCAAACUGCGUCGCUCAUUUCAAUCGCAGGAUUAUCACACAAGGACUGCUGCUGCUGCUGCUGCAGUUCCGCGACCGCGACCCCGUCCAUUGGACUUGCCCAGCAGUACGGUUAGUGUGGCGCGCAUCCGGGCAGAAUUGGAGAACGGACGUCAGCUCAAUACGGUGAUGCGCAACAAUCACACCGAUCUGGCAGCAUUAGACAACCUACUGAACACAACACCACACCAGACUAGCAACAAGCCGCAACUGAUGAAGCGCUGCACAUUUCUCACAGCCGAAUCCCUGCAGGAGAUACGCGGCAAGUUGAAGAAACUCUCUGACGAGAGCCUGUACAAGGACGACUUUCUGGCACAUCAGGCUGUCACGAAGCCAGCAGCUGUUGAGGACUUGCAACGUCCGGAGCCAACAGCCUUGACUGUGGCACGAAGUGCCUUUCAUCCUGUGCACAAUACGCACAGCUUGGAGACGCGUCAGCGGCCCAAGGACACCAGUUCCAGUGAGUGGCAUUUGCGUCGCAAAUCGUAUGGCUUUGAGAAAAUGUCACCGCCCGAGAAUCGCAGCAUCUUUCGCGUCGAUGCUUCUACGGAUAGUGGCUUGGGUCGAUCCGGUGAGCAGCUUGGCAACUGGUCGCCCACAGAGCGUUCAGCAGCAGCUGCAAAUGGCCCCAAUUCCACAAUUAUACACUUUGGACGCCAAAAGGAGCAACUACAGCAGCAACAGCGUCCUGCACAAUUGGCAAGUCCCAAUGAAACGGAGCAUUUGAGCAAGCGACAUUCGAUUGCAGUGGAGGAAACUUGGCGCGAUAUACGUAAAACUUCGCAGGUGCGCGUCAAUGGUGAGCCCAUCAAUGGCAUCAGCAGCAGCAGCAACAACAACAACAGCUCCAGUCAACUGCAGCGCAGUAGCGCACAGAAACGUGUAGAAUUCUGCAAGACAGAGGUGCAUUUUGCUGCCGAAUCGGGACGCGUUAACAUUGUGGAAACUGAUGGCAAGCCGCCGCCCACGCAAAACUUUCGACGACGUCGACGCACAGCAAGCGGUCCGCUCCAGAGCCUGGUGAAGUCGGCCAGUGUCAGCAGUAGCAGCAGCAGCAGCAGCAGUAGCAUCAGCUCAUCGAGCAACAAUGGGACCAGCUUUGGUGACGGGGCCAAAAAGAGCAUUGCCUCCAGCACGGUGACAUAUCGGGCGACGCUGAUGGAACCACCGGAGCUGGUGACACAGCCGGUCGCUGGCACGCAGGUGACGGUUAUAACCAGCACCCCAAAGCCAUUGGUGGAGCCACGCUAUAGUCUGCUGGAGACAACUAGCUCCACAUCCAGACUUAGCUACACCUCCACCAGCGGGGUCGACACAACGGACAACGAAACAGACGAGCUGGCCAAUAUACGUGGCAUACUCAAGAAUAAGCCGGUGAAACCCAAACCGUAUCAUCUGGGCGAUAAUAUUGAGAGUGCCGAUGUGCUCUGGAGUGUGCCAGCAAUGGUAAAAUGUGAGAACAGGGAGAUCAGUCCGCCAAGUCGCGAAAUUGCUGCCGGCGACAGCCACUCACCGACAGCCACCAAAUCAGUGGCUGAACGCGUGCGGAUUGUGGAACAGCGCCAGUUCGAUAAGCACCAGCAGCAGCCGUCACCUGCCGGCAGUGGAUAUUCAACGAAGAUCAAUGUGAGCCUUGGAACUGAGGAGUGGCCAGAAACAGGUGCCACCUCAGGUCGCCGUCGCAGCAGCGCACAGGAGCUGCUCCUACAGGACUUACGGGCCCAUCAGCGCAUCCUAGACGAGGGCCUCAAGUCCACAUCGCUCAUAAUGAAAACAAUGCGCUCCGCAAGCGAAUUCGAUGAGGCCAUGCGCCGCUUGAGCAUAGCCUCAAUCGAGUCCGCACUUAUCCAGCCCACAAUUGUGGUGCCCACGCCAAUGUUGCGCUCGCACAGCUAUCAGGAGGAGAGCGCUUCCCGUCGCACCUCGACGACCUCCAUAGCCAGCAGCGAUUUGUUUGGCAGUGCAUUAUAUGAUUCAUUGCCACGCAUGCCGCUAGCACCGCCACGCCUUAAGCUAUUGGGCAAUACGCAAAUACCUGUUAGCCAACAGCUGACGCAGCUGCGGCGUCUGUAUGAUGCCGCCGAACAGGAGGAGGACAGUGCCGACGAGGAGGUCAAACGCUAUUUUCGCGAGAACAAUAACAACAACAACCAUAACAGUGAUAGUGGUGGCGGCACACAGGGCAGCUCCUCUCCUGAGGAUGUUGUGCUCAAGGGUAGCGAGUACUCGACCAGUUGGAGUCGCCUGAAAGCCAAGCGCACCAUAUGGAAGAUUGAGGCACAAGAGCAAACGCUACAGCGGGCAGAUCUGCCAAAGUCAAAUGUGAUGAAUAUUGCAUUGCAUGCUCCGCGGCUGCAGAAACCGCACGCAACAACGCCCACUCUACGCAUUGGUGAGCUGGUGCCGGUGGCUAAGCCACGCACACUUCUCGUGCAACCACAGUUUACUGCGGACACCACCGACGAAUCUGGCAGCGAAUCCUUAAAGAUUGUCAAGGAGGCACGCGGCGCACGCAAACUGCGAGAGCAUGAGCUCUCCUAUUUUGGUGUGCAACAUGUGCCGACGACAACACAAACACCCAAAUUACUAGCCACGCCCAGUAAUCCACGACGCACGCUGCCUACACGCAGCAAGCAGAUCCACAACGAAGAGGCAACCAAUGCAACGACCACAACAACAGCAGCAUCCGCAGCAACAACAACCACAACAACCAAGUGGCAACUAUUAAACGAUCGACCCGAUUUGCUUAGGCAUAGCCCGCAGGCCAACGAGGAAUACAACGAUUACCCGGAAGAUGGGGAGCACUGCUACGAGAACAUUGCUAACGAGCUAACAACCACUUUUAGGGUGAAGUCACCAUCGCCCGGCAACUACGAGCGGAAGACAGACUUACAACGCGAUGCCCAGAUACUCAGCGAGAUGACCAGAAAUGCUGAUCAAACAUUGAAGGCAUUGUCCGAUGAGGCUGCCUUCAAGGAUCAGCGACGACGUUCUUGCUCGCUGCAGCGUCGCAUCGCCAAGCCGUUGGCCACCAUCGAUGAGAAGGUCAAGGCGCAAAACUGCGACGCUAAGGCGUUAAGCGUUGCACGCAGUACGUUUGCUUCGGAGGCGCGCCGCAAUUCAAGACAAUCGACGCCGUCGCCAACGAGAGCACGCAGCUCCUCGCAGUCAUCCAUUGAGUGCUGUCCACGAGACCGUUCGCGCUCCAGUUCGCGUGAGUCAAUGACCCAAGGAGGCGGCUCAUCCGAUGAGCAAUCGAGCAAGCAGCGCGUCGAGCGCCUACGCAUGCGAACGCCCAAGCGUGAGAAGUCACGACACGAGCCCGCAGAGCAGCGCUCAUCCAGGCAGAGCAGCAAGCCACGCAGCGGCAACAGCUCAAAUGCGGCGCCAGAGAGCAGCAAACGUUUGCAUCACCACAGCCGAAACAACCGAGAGAAGGAGCAGCACUCACAUCACUCAAGCGAGCAACACUCGGGCAAGCAUAGCUUGAGCUCGGUCUCUGGCUCAGGCGGCACUCGUCUGCUGCGCUCCUCGCGUGUCACCGAAGAGAGUCGCCCGCGCACCAGCUCGCAGCGCACAAGCGAACGCGAGUGGGAGCGGGAGCGGGAGCGGGAGCGGGACAACGAACAUGAAAGGGGAAAAGAUCGUGACCGUGACCGUGAUCGUGAUCGUGAACGUUCCCGUGGCAGUGAAAAGCAUCGAGAAGAACUCUCGCGCUCUCGUGGUCACUCAAGUCGCUCCAGACACAGUGAGCCCAGUUCAGCUGGUCACAAGUCGAGUCGAAGCAGUCGCAGCUAUCACGAUACAGCAACAACUGCACACAGAAAGUCCGCCAAACCAACAGCAACAGCAACAACAACAGGCAGCACUACAAGAGCUACAGCCGCAGCAAGCAAAACAACAUCACAUAAAGCAUCAACAUCAACAACAGCAACAGCUACAGUAUCAGCAACCGCUACAACUACGGCACCGACAACAACAACACCGCACAACGAACUGACGUACGUAUACGUAACGAAUUUAGCCAAUACAAAAACCAGCGAAGAUGCAGACUACGCCAGCAUUGAUGAGGCAGUUUUAAUGCCUGCAACAGUUCCGCUACCACUGCCACUGCCGCUGCCACUGCCGCCGCCGCGACGCAAGCGCAAGCAGUCGCUCAUACCACUGCCCAUUCAGAGUGCCACGCCCACUGCCGCCUACGAGCAUCGCAUUAAAUUGGAAAUGAUACCAGCCACACAAUCGAAGCCCAGCUACUCGAAUCAGUCGACGCUGCGCUGCAAGGUUAAGCAGCCGCGCAAAUCUUCGCUCAAGUGCACCCAAUCGACGAGCUCGAGUUUCGCCUUUCUGCCAUAUUUGCCGGCCAAGCGAAAUUCGAGCGUUAGCCAUGUCUAUGACAAUUAUCUGCUAUACGCAGCGCCAGAUGCACUCAAAGGAACAGCAUCCAAGCUGCGUCCCUAUCAGCACAACUUGAGCAAUGAGCAUGCCCAGCUCUUUGGCAGCAGCGGGCGUGGUGGAGCGAUGGCUUCCGGUGGCAACGCUGGGAGCGCUUUAACUGGCCGGCUGGCCAGCUGGCCGAAGCGCUUGCGCAUGCGGCAGGUGCGCAGCAGCGUCUCAACGCAUCAGCCCUUUGGCAUCUGCACAUGUUCAUAGUCAGCUGGAGCUGGAGCAGCAAACCAAAAAGAUAGUCGCAAAAGGAUAAGCGCAACCGGAUCUCGUCACAGUCACAGUUUUCUCUCACGUAUUUUAAUAUGUAGAACUCCUAUGCACUCCAAAAUUUCCUUAUCUUUUGUUUUGGUCAGUUUUUCUUAUUUGACUACUUCACGCACGCGAAAAAAAACU